AUGGAGGAUUGGAGAAGAAUUGACAUCGAUGCUUAUGACCCUGAAAGUGGAAGAUUGACAGUGGAGGACCUAAAGCCACCCUACUCACAUCUCCUAACACUACAGGAACUACAACCAGCUAUUCAGCAAUUACGUGCUUAUGCUGCUUCAGGCGAUUUCGUUUCCGCAGUUCAGGUUUUCACGAGUGAACCACCAUACAGUGCAGAUGAACAAGCAAAAUCACAGUACUUUUUUGGUGUGUUAGAAGUACUAACCCAGGUUAGACAAGCCGAUAUCGCCAACAUAAUCAAGCAAUUGGAUGCCAAGCAACAGGAUGUAUUGGUAAAAUAUCUCUACAAGGGCAUGUCGAUACCGGAAGGCCAAAAACAUGGCGGUAUUCUUCUCGCAUGGUUCGAAAAAUUGACUCAAGCCUCAGGUGUAAACCCAAUUGUGCACUAUCUCUCAGAUAGAAGAACUGUAUAG